AUGCAUUAUGGGAGUACGGUCGCAAGCGAUGAUGGCGAACGCUCGCUCACCCAUAGAGAGAUGAUCGCCAUUGUUGAAGAGGUUCUGAGUCAAGAGAAGAAGAAAAUUGAGCAAAGGUCCAUUGCUUUCUACGGCUUCAAGAUCAUCUAUGCCAGUUUGCGAGGAUGCUCGCCAUGGGAAAUGCAAUGGUGCAUUCAAGAUGCUAUCGACCUCAAGAAAGAAUUUCCCAACCUCAUUUGCGGAUUCGAUCUUUGCGGUCAAGAAGAUGCUGGAAAGCCCCUCUCGUUUUGGGUACCCGACCUUCUCGAUAUGCAAAAGCAAUGCAGGGAUCUUGAUCUUCAUCUACCCUUCAUUCUUCAUGCAGGCGAAACUCUCGACGAUGGCGGCGACACUGACUCUAACUUGUAUGAUGCAAUAUUACUUCAGUCGAAACGAAUAGGUCACGGAUAUAGUCUUCAUAAGCAUCCGCUUCUUAUCGAGAUCUGCAAACAGCGUGAUAUCGCAAUCGAAAUAUGCCCUACAAGCAAUGAACUGCUUGGUUUGUGCGAACAAAUGCAAGGUCACCCGGUGUACUCGUUAUUGGCGCAAUCCGUCGCCUGCACAAUAAAUACUGAUGACCCCGGAUUUUGGGGAUCGUCUCACUCCCACGAACUGUACCAAAUCACCAUGGGAUCCAACAAAAUAUCACUUUCCGGAUGGAAACGUCUCGCAGAAUGGAGCUUGGACCACAGUUGUAUGGAUGAGGAAGAGAAGACUGAGCGGAAAAGAGUUUUUCAAGAGGACUGGCGCUUAUUCUGUGCUUGGAUCAUAGAAACAUUCCCCUAA